AUGCGUCACGUUCCCCGCUGGACAAUGUUCAACGACUCUUAUCAGAGGAAUGAGGUUGAGCUUUGGCGCCGGUGGAUCCCCCAACUCAGCACCUCAGAGUCUGCUAUAAGGCACGCUGCCAUCGCUGUUGGAUCUCUACUGCUGAAGCAUGACGCUUCGGCUGCAACGCCAAGCUCUCUUAUUGUGUCAAGGGGCGCUACGGAUUCGUUCGCGAUUCAUCACUAUCAAGAAGCAAUCCGGUCGACAUUGCAGUUGAUACAGUCUGGUAAGGGAGAUGCAAACCUGGCGGGAAUAACAUGUCUUCUUUUCUUCUCCAUUGAAGCCCUACAAGGACAUGAAUAUGAAGCAUUACAGCUAUUUGAACGCGGCGGCCCAACUCAUCUCGUGCCGAGCACCAAAUCAGGCAACUCGAUUAAAAAUGCCUUAGCAGACGCGUUUUCACAGCUCUCUGUUCAAUGGUCAAUGUUUGAAGGUUCAUUUGUGGUAGCGCACAAGAAUAGUGCGCAACUUGAUGGAGAAAUCCUUACUUCAGGACAGGCUCAGAAAGAGUUAACAAGUUUGAUACUUCAGGCGUUUAAUGUCGCAGCAGAGGGCCUGCAGUUGAAAUGGAUGCCGCGGUUGCCACCAGAAGACCCAGGGGGAAAUCGUGAUGGCCUUUUCGAAGCCUAUAAGGAACUCUUACUCCGUCAAAGCGACAUCGAAGCUUCCCUUAAUUUAUGGCACGAGCGCUUCCUCACUUAUGAAAAAACUCAAACGCAAUCGGCGGAUCCGGUUUGGCAUAAAAUCAUUUGUGGGAUGCUUCUGCUGCGCUUUCAAUCUAUCCAGAUUUGGCUUGUAGGAAGCAUCGGACGAUCAGAGAUGAUAUACGACAAUUACCUUCCUCUAAUCAGGGACGCGAUCAGUGGAGCUCGAGACGUCCUGGACCUCAUGGAACAGUCUGGCAGAUUUGCCUUGUUCUCAUCCGAACUAGCUCUAAUACCCACGCUGUACAUCAUAGUCACCAAAUGCCGGGAUCCUGUCCUUCGACGUGCGGCCUUAGCGCUGCUACAUAGAGCACCCAUGCAAGAAGGUCUUUGGAAUAGGACCAUAGUCAUUCAAGUUUGCGAAAGAGCCAUAGAUCUCGAGGAGGGUUCUGAUGGCUUCAUACAUGACUUGCCACCCGAGAUGACUGAAAUGCUCGUACCUGAGACUAUGCGGCUGAAGUUCAUCAAGAUUGAACUUCGAACCACCAACGACGAUGACUGCAGGGGCGACUUUGUUGAGUUUAAUUCGCUGCCUUAUGGGUUUGAUGGAGAAUGGUGUAUAACCCGAGAGUUCUUUACUGUUUGA